AUGUCAAAUGUGACCCUAGUGACCACGUUCUUCCUCUCAGGUAUUCCCCAUGCACCAGCUCUGGACACCAUGCUCUUUGUAACCUUCUUGGUGAUUUACAUCCUCACUGUGCUGGGCAACUUCCUCAUUCUGAUGGUAAUAAGGGUGGAUUCCCACCUCCACACACCCAUGUACUACUUCCUCACCAACCUCUCCUUUAUUGAUAUGUGGUUCUCCACAGUCACAGUGCCCAAAAUGCUGAUGACUUUGGUGUCCACAGAGGGUGGGGCCAUCUCCUUCCACAGCUGUGUGGCACAGCUGUAUUGCUUCCACUUCUUCUUUGUGCCCUGUGUUUUCAUCUACCUGAGGCCAGGCUCCAGGGAUGCUGUGGACGGAGUUGUAGCUGUUUUCUACACUGUGCUGACACCCCUACUCAACCCUGUUGUAUACACUCUGAGGAACAAAGAGGUGAAGAAAGCACUCGUUAAACUCAAGGACAAAGUAGCACAUUCUCAGAGCCACUAA